UGUCCAGAGGGUUGAAAUUUCAGACUGCAGAUCUAGAUAUUUCUCGGGUUGUCUGGUAAAGUCUCAUAAGUCACACUAUAUAAAUACCGGCAGCAUAUGAGCCGCGCAAUUUAGUAUUGAAUCAGACUUGAGCGCGUAAACGACGCAAUUUAAGUUCAAACACACUUCUUUUAAGUAAAUAUCUAACAAAAACAACUGUUAAUAAUUAUAACUUUGCGUGAUAAUUUACAUUAUUAGUAAAACUAAUAAUAGUGAAUCACUGACUGUUAAUUAAAUUAACACCGUCCAGAACAGACACAAAAAUGCCUGCAAUUGGAAUUGAUUUAGGAACUACAUACAGCUGCGUGGGCGUUUGGCAGCAUGGAAAAGUUGAGAUCAUCGCCAAUGACCAAGGAAAUAAAACAACACCCAGUUACGUAGCAUUCACGGACACUGAACGUUUGAUAGGUGAUGCGGCCAAGAACCAGAUAGCCAUGAAUCCCACCAACACCGUUUUUGACGCAAAACGGUUGAUAGGUCGCCGCUUCGACGAUCCUAAGAUACAGAAUGACAUAAAGCACUGGCCAUUUAAAGUCAUCAACGACCUUGGCAAGCCAAAAAUCCAGGUGGAGUUCAAGGGAGAGCGAAAAAUCUUCAGUCCUGAAGAAAUAAGCUCGAUGGUCUUGACCAAGAUGAAGGAAACUGCAGAGGCGUAUUUGGGCCAGAAGAUCCAAGACGCGGUUGUCACAGUCCCCGCGUACUUCAACGACUCCCAGCGCCAAGCGACCAAGGAUGCGGGAGCAAUCGCCGGGCUGAAUGUUCUGCGAAUUAUCAACGAGCCAACUGCAGCAGCCCUAGCUUACGGCUUAGACAAGAACCUGGAGGGAGAAAAAAAUGUCCUAAUUUUUGACCUGGGCGGUGGAACAUUCGACGUGUCCAUUUUGUCCAUCGACCAGGGUUCACUGUUCGAAGUAAAAUCCACCGCUGGAGAUACUCACCUGGGAGGAGAAGACUUUGACUCGCGCUUAGUUCGUCAUCUGGCUCAGGAAUUUCAAAGGAAGUUCAAGAAAGAUCUUACUGGGAAUCCCAGAGCUUUAAGGCGGCUCAGAACCGCGGCGGAACGCGCAAAGCGCACUCUAUCGUCCAGUACCGAAGCUUCCAUAGAAAUAGACGCCCUCUACGAAGGCGUCGACUUUUAUACCAAAGUUUCCAGAGCCAGGUUCGAGGAACUGUGCUCUGAUUUGUUCCGCAGCACCUUGGAACCCGUGGAGAAGGCUUUGAAUGACGCUAAAAUGGAAAAGAAGGAAGUUGAUGAAAUAGUUCUUGUUGGAGGAUCCACAAGGAUUCCAAAAAUUCAAACCAUGCUGCAGAAUUUCUUCAAUGGCAAACAACUGAAUCUCUCGAUCAAUCCUGACGAGGCAGUUGCCUACGGAGCCGCAGUCCAGGCUGCUAUUUUAACAGGAGAUGGUGACAAAAAUUCUGGGCUUCAGGAUGUGCUUCUGGUUGAUGUAGCUCCUUUGUCUCUGGGUAUCGAGACUGCUGGUGGUGUGAUGACUAAGUUAGUUGAAAGGAACUCUAGAAUCCCUUGCAAGCAAACUCAGAUGUUCACCACCUAUUCAGACAACCAACCGGCGGUUACUGUCCAGGUGUAUGAGGGUGAACGAGCUAUGACUCAAAAUAAUAAUCUUCUGGGUACCUUUGAACUGAGCGGGAUUGCUCCCGCUCCUCGGGGAGUUCCGAAGAUAGAAGUCACUUUUGAUAUUGAUGCUAAUGGGAUCCUGCAUGUCACAGCCAAAGACACUGCUAGUGGUCGCAGUCGUGACGUCGUUAUUAAGAAUGACAAAGGCAGACUCAGUCGGGCGGAAAUUGACAAGAUGCUGGCUGACGCUGAAAAAUAUAAAGAUGACGAUGAUAAACAGAGAGAGAGAGCUGCUGUCAGAAACAAGUUGGAGAGCUAUGUUUACUCGGUCAAGCAGAGUGUCCAAGAUCAAGGCCACAAGCUGAGUAAUGAUGACAAAAAUAAAGUUAUUAGUCUUUGUGAUGAAGCUGUUCAAUGGUUGGACAGCAAUACUCUCGCGGACAAAGAUGAGUAUCAGCAUAAGUUUGAGACUCUCCAGGCUCAAUGCUCGCCGAUUAUGGUUAAGCUUCACCAGUCUCAAGGACAAGCUCAAGGACAUAAUGAUGGCCCUACCAUUGAAGAAGUUGAUUAAAUAGAUUUUUUAUUUUAUUUUUUAUUUUUAUUACUUGUUCUUGCUUAUUGAUAAUUAUUUAUUAACAGCUAUGUUGUACUGAAAUUUUAA